AUGAGCCAGCCAUCUCAAAAGCAUCACAAAGUUGCUGCACAGAAAGAUUUCAAAAAAGAAAGGAAUAUUAGAGCAAUGAAUGAAGCCCAAGCUUUUAUUCAAGCAAAAAAAAAGAUUUCUCCAACAGAAACAAUUAAAAAUAUAAUUCAGGGAAUCCCAUAUCAUGAAAUUUCAGAAUCGCUAUUUAAUGAUCCAGAAACUCUUCAAUCUGCUUUAGAAUCGAUUUCUUCUGCAAUAGAACAUUAUGAUCAAUUUUAUUCAAUAGAUCAAUUAAAGACUGCAAUUAAUGAAGCAAUUGACUCCAAAAUUUCACUUUUUGAAACACAAGAAUUGCAAUUGAAUUGUGAAUUGUGGAAAGAAGCAAUAUUUUCUUACUUGAGCAUUUUUAAAACAGAAAUUGCCGAAUCUUUAAAGGAUUUCUGAAUAAAUAUUAUGAGUUCAUCUCAAAAGUAUCCAUCAAUUCCUCAAAGGUCAUUUCAAAAUCUUCAUUCCAAGAUACUUUUAUUUUAAUGGAAGAUUCGGAAAGUAAUGUUUCCUAUUCUUCUUCCUUUUGUGAAGAAAACGGAGCUUUACAGGAUGAAUUUUUCGAACUUUUACUAUUAAAUGAACUUAUUGAUACAGGAUUACUUGAUAAUUCUGAAUCAGAGUAUGAAUGAAAUGAUAGUGAUACAGAAAAUGUUGAUACAGAUGACAAAAUAUUGGAGUUUUUAAGUCGUUUAGAUGGAAAAAUACUAGAUGAAAUAGAUCCUAUUCAGGAAACCUUCAAAUAUAGGAAGACUGAGGUGAUCAUUGAUGAUAAGAAGACAAUCGAUAAGAAAAUCCUGAAUACCAGAAAAAUAAAAAUUAGAUCAGAUUCAAAUUUUAUCAGAAAAAUAAAAUUGAUAUCAGAAUCAAACAUUAUCAGGAAAAUAAAAUUUAGAUCAGAUUCAAAUUUCAUCAGAUAUAGAAAAUUCAUAUCAGACUCAGAAAUCGAAAAAAUCGCGGAUUACGUGGGUUCAGAAAAUUUUACUAAAAUUUUAUCCAAAGAUUUUAGGAAAAGAAGAAAGUUAAAAAAUUUUUAAUCGGGACAUGGCCCUGAAAUAAAGGCCUUUAAGUAAUAAAGAUUUCUCUCUCUCUCUCAUUCCAAGAUUAUCGAAGAAAUAGAGCAUUUAAAACCCUCAAAUCCUGGUUUUUCAGCAGAAGAAAUUUGCAUAAUUGAAGAUAAAGAAGGAUGUAAUGGAGCAUUUUGCGAUUCUCUUGAAUCUAUUGAAAAAAAUGCAUGUUUCAGCAAUAAAAUGGAAUGUACUAGCAGAUGCUUAUGCAAAGAAGAAACUUGCCUAAAUCGCUCAAUAUCUAAAAACAGACGAAAAUACAUUAAAGAUGUGGAUGUGAUAGAAAUGCCAGCUUUUGGAUUUGAUAAAAGAACAGCCCAGAUAAUUUUACAAAUAAUUGGAAAAUCUAUAGAUGCGAAAAGAUUUCUUAAUGUUUCUAUGCCAAUUGCAAUAAAUUGGGCAGCAAAUCAAAUAAAUGACAGCUUUAAACACAUUUUACAAGGCAUAAUGACUGAAGAAAUUUUUAAUCUGAAUGAUAAAUAUUUUUCUAAAGCUUUAUAUAACUCGAUUGAAGCCUUAGGUGAAAUAUAUGGACAUGAUAUUAUUUUAAAGGAAUUCACCAUCCAUCAAAAAGGUUAUGGAAUCUUUUGCAACACCUCUCAAGGAAUCCCGAAAAAUGCCUUUUUGGGGGAAUACGCAGGCCAAAUAUAUUCGGCAGGAGAAUUUUAUGAAAAAGACCUUGCAAUCCAAAAUAGUAAAAAUAAAAUCCAACCUGCAAACUCUACCAAUGAAUCAUCCAAUUUUUAUACAGUUGAGCUGGAAAGAAACAAAAAUGAUAUAAAAGGCUAUUCUGUUUUUUUUGUGGAUCCUAUACCAAGAGGAAAUUGAACUUGCAAAAUUAAUCACUCUUGCUACCCAAAUUGCGAAGCAAGAACAGUGAUUGCAAAUGGCAGGUAUACAAUCGGUCUCUAUACAAUAAGAAGAAUAAAGUCAUUGGAAGAAUUAACAUGGAACUAUUCCUCAUGCACAGAUCAGAUUGAAGAGUAUAAAAACAGUAUUUGCUUAUGCUCAAAAACUAAUUGUUCUGGAUACUAUCUCAUUAACCCUUCAAAAACAGAUAUUUGUCUACCCCUUGCUGGAAAAAUAUGUGCUCUCUUAUUUUCAAGUUCAGCCAAAAUUACCUCUGAUGAAAUUCAAUACAUAGAGCAAUUUAAUCUUGAUAAAUCUCUGAUGCAUGAAAUUCCAGAGUGAUUAAAGUGCUGAACCUAUACAACACUUAACUAUAUCACAUCCUAUAUUGAGUUAAGGAAAAAUGACGCUCUAAGCAAUUUAAAAGCAAAAAUUGAAGCCAAAUUGAGUAGCGAACUUGAAAAAAUAGACUUAUUAAAGGAUUCAUUAAUAAAAGAGUUAACUAUUUCUUUAUCCCGGGCAAGAUAUUUGCUAACUCCCCCCCCCCCCCCCUCCGUGAGCGAACAAAAAAAUUUUUGUUCGCUCACGGAGGGGGUUAAUUUUUUUUUUUAAAAAAAAAAAAUUUAUAUAUAAAUUUUAUAAAAAUAAUAUUUUUUUUCGAAAUUUAAAAAAAAUCCUAAUUUGCAAAAAUUGGGAAGCAAAUAUUAAUUUAAUUUGCAAAUUUAUGUUUUAAAAACGCAAUUUGUUUAAAAUUAAACAGAAUUAGCUCUAGAUUUCAUUAUACUAAUUAUCACUUUAUAUAUCAAAAUUUUUUUCCAUUUAAAAUUUUUUCUAUUAAAAAAUUUUUUGUUCACUCACGGAGGGUGGGUUUUUGGUCAAAAAAUGGCGAUUUUUCUAAUGGUUUUGUUCGCUCACGGAGGGGGGGGGGGGAGUAAGUAAUAUCCCUGAUUCAAAUAUGCCUCCGAUCUGCAUCCUCACAGAAAUUGAAGUCUUGAAUUAUUUAUGGGGUGAUGACUGCAAUUCUAUUAAAAAUCAGCUAAAUACCUUAUUUGAAAAUGAUAUAAGCGUUAAAGUUCAAAAUUUGACCAAAAAGCCCAUCAACAACUUAAAUGAAGCGAGAACAGAACUCUUGAAAAUAAAAGACCAUUUGAAAGAAAACCAAUCCAACAAUUGAAUUUAUAAAGGUAUUGCAGAUAUUUUACAUUUGACUGCCUACAACCAAUUAUUUUUCAGAUUUAAUGCUUAUCAAUCGUUUACUUCAAAGAAUAUCAGGCUUAAAAAUUGUGAACUUUAUAAUUUUGAAUGCAGUGAAUAUUAUGAAGAAGAAUCAAAUUUCGAAUACGAUGGCGAGCACUUGCAUAGAUUGCUUGCUGGGUGGAAUUCGCGCGAUUAUGCUGCGAAUAAAAGUAUUAUGUUUAAUGGCUUAAAAGGGCCUCUCUUGCUCCCAUCAAUCCAAAACUCUCAACCUUCAUUUUACAACGAAAUAUCGCGGAUCAAAUUUUUAAAUAAAAUAUUUGAAGCUCCCUUAGUUUCAUGGAGUGAAUAUGAGGAAGCAAAUUUAUUUAUAUUUGAUGAGGAAGCAAAAGUCUUUGGAACACCUAUGUUCUAUGACUACGUUAACAAAAAUAUUUCUGUGCUUAAUGUAUGCUUUCAGGAUUUGGACGUCCAAUGAAACUUAGUAAUUGAGGAAAAUUAUGGGUCAAAUAUAGGCUCUAGCAAUAUAGAAAAUUCAAAAAUUCAAUAUCAAGGCUAUAACCUCGUGCCAAAUCAAACCAGAAUAGGUACUAAUACCGAAAACUUAGAUAAAUCUUUAAAUGAUCAGGAUAGUUUAUAUUGCGAAAAAGAUCCAUUUCCUUCAGAAGCAGGGAGUUUGUAA